AUGAAUGUUCCAGUCGAUGAACUUUAUGAAACUGAUACUAUUUUCUCACAGGAAGGAGAUUUACCAGGUAAAAAGUUAUUAUUUUUCACGAAUGAAAUUAAUUUUUUCAGAGAAUUAUUUAUACAAGAAGUUGGCAGAUGUAGAGUCUGAAACAGAAGAUGGAAAUUGCCCGGAUAAGCUUGUUUCUGAUGCAAGCGACGAUGAUGAUAGCUUUCCUACGUUAUUAGAACACGCAAGAUAUCAACAAGCUGGUGACUUUCAAGCAAAUCGUCGUCAUAAUUUAUUUGACGAAUUAGUCAAUACUGAAAAGUAUGCCGAGUUUUCGGGACCAUCUGGUUUUGUUUACGAUGAUACCUAUGAUAUUGCCAAAGAUACUUUUCGUUAUGGACGGUAAAAAAAGUUAUAAAGUGUCAUUUUUGACUAGAUAGAUUUCAGCGUCACUCGCGGUGUCAGUUAUCAAUUGAAAUCUGGAAAAAUGCAAGAAGAAACUCUUGAAAAAGUCAAAAAACAAGACGAGAAUAACGACAAUGUUUUGGUUAGCAAAGUCACUGAAGAUGAAAAAACCCAUCGAGUUACUACAGAAGUGACAAUUUCACUCGACCGAGGAUUUUCUGAUUUAUACGAAACUCAGAUGCCAAAGUACUUUGAGUAUCGUCAACAAUUUCCAGUAAGUUUUGUUUGAAGAGUGCUGGGAAAAUGAAUUGAUUUCAGGAAAUAUCAGGAAUCUGGACAAUUUUGUUGGGACAAGAAGAAUAUAAAACAACAAAAACCUACGAAUUGCAAGUUUCAAUUUGCGCGGCUCUUAAUUCUCGAAAAUUCAUGAUAAUGUGCAUCGGAGUUGAUGAAUAUAACACAGUGACUGGUGUUGAAAUGACAGCUGAACAACGGGUUAUUUUUAGAAUGGCACUUACAAGAGCUGUUGCUGGAGAAUUUCAACCUCCACUUAUCAAGGUUUUUCGUGAAAAUAUCAUUUUUUUUUUCAAAUGAAAACUAUAUUUUUCAGCUUCCACCCAAACAAUUGACUGGUAUUUCCGCAAUGAAACAAGAUGUUGCGAAUUUCACAUCUUCAAUUGAUGUUCUUUUUAUUCCAAUCUUCCAAGUUCCUGAAGAAAAUUUGGGAGAACCUCGUCCAAAACGAUUUUUGAUUGUUGUUCGUGUUAAAGAAACAACCGAAAAACUCUAUCAAUUGUCUUCUGGAAAAGUUUAUAUUGAAGAAGGUGGAGUUCCGAUGGAAUUGUCCAGUUUGAAUGAGGUAACAUUAUAAAUGAUGAAAACAAAAUAAGAUGAAAUUUAAGGCUCACAAAUUGUUGAUUCUCGACAAAGAUGAAGAAUCGAAAGGAAGCCUUUUCUCUGAAAAUGUCGAACUUUUCCAUGAUUCCGAAUUCGAAUCAGAAGAAGAAGAUGAACCAGAAUCUGAACCUGAACAAAUCGAAGAACCUCAAAUUCCCGAACCAACUCCUGCUCAAAGUAUUCAAACAGUUGUAGCUGAAAAAAUAAUUCCAAAACUUGAAACCGAAAAGAACAAAUUGGAUAAAAUCUGGAAACAUAUUUCGCCAAGCGAAAAAACCGAAAACAUCAUUCUCGCCGUUCUUUGCUUUGCCUCAAUCAGUUUUGGAAUCUAUAAAUUAUCAAGAAGAAGUUAA